CUCAGGUGCAGUGAACCAAACACAAACAACAUUAAGAAAUGAGUGAUGACUCGCACGUAGAAACAAAAGUAGUCUUGGAUGCAAAAACUGGGGAAGAACGGACACUUUCCUAUGAGCUAUUCCAAGUCGUAGGCUCAGGGAGUUUUGGCGUUGUCAUGAAAGCAAAGAUUAUAGGUAGCUCACAAUUCAUUGCUGUUAAGCGGGUAUUCCAGGACAAGCGAUACAAGAAUCGAGAGCUCCAAAUUAUGCGUGCCAUAUCACACCAAAAUAUCGUUAACUUAAUUGCGUUUUAUCAUACCCAUAAUCCAACAAAUGACGAAACACAUUUAAGCUUAUUGCUUGAAUACUCACCAGAAACAGUGUUUGAGGAUAUGAGGUGGUACACCCGGCGUCACAAAUCUCUGUCCAUGCUCUCCAUCAAAAUAUACGCAUUUCAAAUUUUCCGUGCUCUUUCUUAUUUGCAUGGCACUGGAAUCUGCCAUCGCGAUAUUAAACCCCAGAACCUUUUAGUCGAUUACCGAACGGGUGUUUUGAAACUAUGUGACUUUGGAAGCGCAAAAAUUCUAGUUCCAUCAGAGCCCAACGUUUCCUAUAUUUGCUCACGUUAUUAUCGGGCACCAGAAUUGGUGUUUGGAGCAAAUCAUUACACCACUAAGAUUGAUGUCUGGUCGACCGGAUGUGUCAUAGCGGAAUUGAUUUUAGGACGUCCAUUGUUUCCUGGAGAUAGUAGUGUUGAGCAAUUGGUUGAAAUCAUAAAGGUCCUUGGUACACCUUCUCAACAAGAAAUCACUUCUAUGAAUCCUAAUUACGUUCACCAUACAUUACCAAAUGUCCGUCCACAUUUCCUGGAAUCAAUUCUUCCAAAAGAUGUACCAAAAAAUGCUUUGGAUCUGUUAAAGAAAAUUCUAGUUUACGUACCCUCCAAACGUAUUUCCGCAAUUGAGGUUCUUACUCAUCCAUUUUUUGAUGAAUUGCGCGACCCGAAUGUGAGAUAUAGUGUUGAACGAGAUUCUGAUAUUCAUGAUUUGCCGCUUCCUCCGCUCUUUAAUUUCUCUUUGGAAGAGCUUUCUAUUCGUCCUAACUUAAAUAAGAGCAUAUUACCGCCCCACACAUACGAAAAUCUCGACGUGGAUAUAAAUAAUUUUGAGCCUGUUUUAGUCAAACAGGCAAAUAUCGAUGUCUGAAAUAUUUUCCCCCCUUUUUUUUUCCGUGACGUAUAAAUCGAGCAGCUUAUGUGCAUGAUCACUUUCCUUCAAUGCGGCAUCUUUUCUCUCUUUUUAAGGCUGCCUUUAAUACGAUUUUUUAAUGUUCUAAAUUUUGUCCUUUCAUUUACACAGCUUCGAAAUCGUAUUUUCAUAAGGCUUGAUAUAUUGGUGUUUUAUUUCUUUGGCUUUUCUCCCCUCACUCCUUUUUUCUCAUUUUCCUGCGUGUCAUACAUUCAUUUUUUCUCAUGCUUUGAAAGUAUCUUUCUGCGUUUUAGCUCAACGUUUUAUAUUUUACCUGUUCACGCUUAACAUGUGUGCCGGUUUUUUUAUCUCUAAACACAGCAUAAUAUUUAAGGGGUUGAUGCACGAAGGCAUUUUCUUUAGAAAACAAAAUGAAAAAAUAUAAACAUUACUAUCAGGAGUGGAGUUAUGAAAAAAUAUCUGAUUAUAAAGUCUCAAAGUGUAUGCUGAUCCAUAAAUAGGAAUUCUUUCAUCCAAUUUCAGAUUUCAAAAAGGGUUGUACAUGCAAUACCUCAAAGUUCAAGGAAUAGAAAAGGAUAAUGAGGAAACAAUCAAAUUUUGAUUCAUUCACAAAUAAUAUAUAUACAUUGCCAAAGCGACAUGAAAGAUUCCAACGAGUACUUGAAAUCCAACAGUGUCUAAGCAUUGAGAAUUUAAGGAAAGAGAUCAUUGAAAUUAUGUGUCAUCCUAAUUAAACAGCAAGGAGAUUAUGAAAGUAAAC